AGACGGUCACCUCACUCGUGUCUUUCAUUAUUACAACGCAACCUCCGUCCCCCUCUUCACCUAUUACUCCCAUUCUCUCUCUCUCUCUCUAAAACCAGCAGUUAUCAUUUCCAUUCCGCCUCCUUCAGACGCCCAGUAGAUUCGCCGUUGAAGCUUCAAUCAACGCAAGCGGAGAGUUUAUUUAUCAAAAGCCUCCCUUCAGUCUUCCAAUUCCGAGCUUUUUUUUUGAAAGACAUCGGCAACUAAGAACCGGACUUCACAAAGCAGAUAAAAUGGCCAUGGAAAUGUGCUUUCAAGAGGCUGUGUCAAGAAGCAACUCUGACGUGAAAGAUGUGGCUUCCUUAGAGAAGUGGAAAUCUGGGUCAUCCGUGGUGGAUGAGUCUGAAAAUAGUCAGUCCGGUGGUUUUGACUGCAAUAUCUGUUUAGAAUCCGUGCAAGACCCAGUGAUCACACUGUGUGGGCACCUCUAUUGCUGGCCCUGCAUUUACAAAUGGAUUCAUUUCCAGAGUGUGUCAGAUGAAAACCACGAGCAACAACCACCACAAUGCCCUGUAUGCAAAGCUGAAGUUUCCGAAAAAACCGUGGUGCCACUAUACGGUCGUGGCAGAACCACAAAUUCCUCUGAAGACAAAGCCCCCCAGCUUGGUAUAGUGAUACCUCGGAGGCCUUCUGGUUUCAACUGUGGGGGGGUUCAGACAAUGAGCACCAGUAGUUCCCAACCAGCUCAGCAACCUCGCGGUGGCCGCCGUGCUUCACCACCACCCAUGCUCGACCUUGAUUACACGACAAUGACAAAUAUGUCCCAUCCCACAAUGGGCAUGUUCGGAGAAAUGGUUUAUAAGAGGCUUUUUGGGAACUCUGAACCGGCUUUAUAUAUUUAUCCAAACUCGUAUCAUUUAGCAGGGACCACUAGUCCUAGAAUGAGAAGGCAAGUAAUGCAGGCGGACAAAUCGCUCAGCAGAGUGUGUUUCUUCCUCUUUUGUUGCUUGGUUUUGUGCUUUCUCUUGUUCUAGGCACUUCCAUCUCUCUCCUUCUUCUUACCCAUUGUAUACUUGUAAAAAUUGUUAGUAGAAACAAAAUAUGACCCAUGUACACGGGUUGGCCAGAUGUAAUAGAUCAGAGUUUUUGAGUAUCUUUUGCUAAUAUACGGUCAUUUAGUUUUAAA